UUCUUCCUCUUCUGGGGACGGUACCUAGAGGCAUUCAGGAUGGUUCAGCGUUUGACAUACCAUCGUAGGCUGUCCUACAAUACAGACUCUAACAAAACCAGGCUGUCCCGAACCCCUGGUAAUAGAAUUAUUUAUCUUUAUACCAAGAAAGUUAGGAAAGCACCGAAAUCCGCAUGUGGUGUGUGCCCAGGCCGACUUCGAGGAGUUCGUGCUAUGAGACCUAAAGUUCUUAUGAGGUUGUCUGAAACGAAAAAACGUGUUAGCCGGGCCUAUGGUGGUUCCAUGUGUGCUAAAUGUGUCCGUGACAGGAUCAAGUGCGCUUUCCUCAUUGAGGAGCAGAAAAUCGUUGUGAAAGUGUUGAAAGCACAAGCGCAGAGUCAGAAAGCUAAAUAAAAAAAUGAAGCUUCUUUGAGUAAUAAAAAAA